UUCAGUGAUUUUAAAUAAUUCGAGUUUUGAUUUUUGGAGACCUUGGAAAUCUGAUUUUUCAACAUAUAUUUGGUUCAAUUUGAAACUGUUAAUUAUAGAUAACCGCCAAUUAAAAGAAACAGUAUCUACACUAAUUUAUAAGUACUCUGCAGUGAAUAUAAAUACAAACUAAACUUGUCUUUUUAGGUAUGUUACCUUGAUAUUAAUAAAUUUAAUCAAGUUUCCAUAAACAUACAUCUAAUUUAUGUAAAAAUUUAUAUCUAACAAUGAAAAAAAAACAUUUUUCUAUUUUUAACACAAUAAAGCAACAUAAAUGUUAAGUAGGUAAUAAAGAAUUAUUAUUAUUAUCUAUAUAAAAUAAUUUGAUGUUUUAAAAAUGUAAUUCAAUUUCAGUACUUUGUUCUACAACGUAGAAUAUAGCUAUAUAACAAGGCUUGAUAUUUUAUUUUCGUUAUUAUAAAAUGCACAAUUUGGGAUCUCUGCCUUUUCGCCAAAAAUUAUUUGGCCGAUUAUCACUUGGCUAACUAAACAACACAAACACUGAAUAAUCAUUUGCCAACUUGUGAUAUAAUUUUGUUUUAAUUCUCAACUCCACCGUUACCAACUGUACAUUUUAUCAGUUUUUUCAAACUUUGAAGUAGUUAUAGUCGGCAUAAUUAUAGCGUAUUAAAUGUUGUAUUAAGUUGCUUCUGGAUUGCUCGUCAUCACACCUAAUUUUUCAGCUAAUCUAAUGUCACUCAACUGCACUUCAACAAAAGCGUUUCGCUUAAUUGUUUGUCAUGCUCUAACCUACGUUACUAAUCUAAUAGUGGUGGCCUAGUCAAAUAUUUGGCAAAUUAUUAGUAAUAAUAAUAAUAUAAUAAUAAAUUAGUGUUCCAAAUGUUUUUGUCAUUACAAUAAUUAGUUUGACAAUAAUUCUACCAAGAAUUCAUUAUCAUACAAAAAUUUAUUAGUUUUCAUUGUGAAAUAAAGGCGAAAGCUUGGUUGGCAAUUGCUCAUCGGCCAAUCAAUUUACGGCGAAAAGGCAGGAUACCUAGAAAACAUACAUUUUCUUUACUCGUGUAAAGAGCUGACAAUUUUAUUUUUUAUCAUCAUACUUGUCAACGGAAAGAUGUCCUAUAGAAAAUAGUGUUUGAAUUCUCUCCUGACUUCAAUGUAAUAUAUUUAUUAUUUAUUUAAAAAUAAAAUGUAAGACAGAUAGACACUCAUCAACUUUUAAUUUAACAUAACAAUGAUACAAUCAAAACGACAUUACUUUUAAACACAUGUAUUUAUAAGAAUAAACUUUACAUAAUUUACCGAAUAUACCAAUUACAACAUAAAUAACACCGAUCACACAACCUAUCAACACCAAAGUCAGUCGUCAAAAGAGGAAUGACAAGUGACAGCUAGUCCCUUUAUAUUCUUCGGUCACGUAACGUCCAAGUCUAUAGAUAUUCCCAACAACAGUGUUAUUGAUCAAAAUACGAUAAAUGCAUCUAAAUCGAAUAUAACAAAAUAUUAAUGUAUUAUAACCAAAGCAACUGAAAUAAUAUCCUUAUGCAAUGAAAUAAGUUCUCUAAACUAAUGUGCGCAACGAAUUACUAUUUUUAAACGGUUUUAUUUAGCUUACCCCUUUUGUUUCGUUCGUGGUGGGUCAACUUUAGUAAUUGAAAUUUCACCCUCUUUCCGUCAACUGAUUGAUCUGAAAUUUGGUAUACGCCUUUGAUUCUGGUGACAAAACAAUUAUGUACAUUCAAUAUUAUUGUGAAUCCAAAAUGGCCGCCGCUACAAGAUGGCGGACAACUUAUUUUUUUUUUUAAUCCCAUCAUUAUAGGUAUCAAAUGAAAGGAAUGUUAAGUAUACAUUGCAUUGUCAGGAUUUUAUGUGAACAUAGAUACUCCACAAAAUGAGUAGUUUAUGGGUUACUUUAUUUUGAAAAUGUAACUAUGUAUACAUAUUGGCACCUAUGACUGUAUCCAUUAAUAAUUUUUUUAGCUUUAGUACAUUUAUCUACAACAUUUUUCUGUUUACAAUAAAACCGUUUAACUUAAAAAGAUUUUUUUUAUUAUUAUUUGUUUUAUUACGUUAUUAUUAUCGUGGUAGGUGUGUACCAUAAAAAGUCUGUUUUUCUAAUAUUUAUAACGAGUAAUUAUAACGACACAAUAUUUUAUCAAAUUAAUAUUGGUAUUAUUCUUCAUUGCCUAUCAUAAUAAGCAAGCAUAAUCGUGAUCUUGGUUUCCAAACUGCUUUCUGUUCAAAUAAAAAAAAAAUGUCAAAAUAAUUAAUAAUUUACAUCAUGUCUAUUGUGCACAAAAAAUCAUAAGUAAUUUGCUAAAGGUUAUAAUUAUUUAAGUGAAUUCUUUUUAUUCUGAUUUCUGCUAUUAGUACAUAAGAUUAAUCAGUUCUGCAAUUCCAUACUUUUUAUUGCCGCUGUUACUUGGAUUGCUUUUGUAAUUAGUCAGUUUACCGUAUUUCCAACUAUUUAUUAUUAAUUUGUAAGGAGGAAAUAAUUAUUUCGUAUGUUUAAAAGUAUGUAACAUCCAAAAAGAUUAAAUUAUGAAGAUAUUCAUAUUAGUUAUAUUUUCAGGUUAGUGUAACUAAGUGUGAGUGUAACAGUAUAUUCUAUAAAUUAUCUAUCUCAAUAUAACUAUUUUCGAGCUAGCUGCUUGUAGUUAGUGCCUCAAUUCUAACUUUCUUUUUUUGUUUUAGUGGUACUCAUUGAAGCACGUAAUUUAGAUCAUGGAAAUAAAACAAUUCAGCACAUGAAACUAAUUAACGUAAUGCAACAAGUAUCUAACAAAAAUAGAAACUUGAAUGCCAGUAAAUAUGAACGGCAUAAUAGACCAAAAAUUACAUUCAGAAAAAAUAUGGAAGAUUCCUAUAAAAAUAACAAUGAAUUGCAAAAUAAAUUUCAAACAAAUAUGGAAAACAACAGUAGACAGCGUUAUAGUGAAAACUUACCAGCCCAAAUAGAGAAAACAUCUAAUGAUUUAACAAGCUUUCGUAGUUAUGGUGGGAAUAUGGAUGGUCAAUAUUUUGAAUACAAUAAGCCUAUCAAUAAUAUGUACCAGGGAAUAUUAAGACCUAUGAAUAUCAACGACAAUAGAGGAGACGUCAAUUAUGAAGGGGGCACUUUUGAUAGAAUAUAUGUAGGUCAAAAUUAUGGGUCAAAUCAUCAAGAAUUACCAAACCAAGUAAAAGAAACAAAUAACAAUCUUAUAAAUGCCAAAACUGCAGAUAAAUAUUAUAAAGAUAAUAGACGUCGGGGAGAUGAGCUGAGUUAUACUCAGAAUGAGAGGUACGAUGAACGAAAUGUUGAGCCAAUGGAAUAUAAAAUGAAUGCCAAUCAGCGAGAAGGCGAAGAUAGAAAUAAUGCAGAGCAGCAAGAAAAUAACACUAAUAACGAUGCAAAUCAGCAACAAAGUGAUGAUACUAAUAAAGGUGACAAUACUAAUAACCAGCAAGAAGGUGGUGGUACUAAUAAUGCAGGUCAACAAGAAAAUGAAGAUGGUAAUGAUGUAGAUCAACAAGAAGGCGAAGAUGAAAAUGACACAGGUGAACAAGAAGGCGAAGAUGAAAAUGGUGCAGAUGAACAAGAAGGCGAAGAUGAUAAUGGUGCAGAUAAACAAGAAGGCGAAGAUGGUGAUGGCGCAGAUGAACAAGAAGGCGUAGAUGAUAAUGGCGCGGAUGAACAAGAAGGCGAAGAUGGUAAUGGCGCGGAUGAACAAGAAGGUGAAGAUGGAAAUGGCGCGGAUGAACAAGAAGGUGAAGAUGGUAAUGGCGCGGAUGAACAAGAAGGCGAAGAUGGAAAUGGCACGGAUGAACAAGAAGGUGAAGAUGGUAAUGGCGCGGAUGAACAAGAAGGCAAAGAUGGAAAUGGCGCGGAUGAACAAGAAGGCGAAGAUGGUAAUCAAACAGACGAGCAAGAAGGCGUAGAUGGUAAUGGCGCAGAUGAACAAGAAGGCGAAGAUGGUAAAGUAGCAGACGAACAAGAAGGUGAAGAUGGUAAUGGCGCAGAUGAACAAGAAGGUGAAGAUGGAAAUGGCGCGGAUGAACAAGAAGGCGAAGAUGGAAAUCAAACAGACGAGCAAGAAGGCGUAGAUGGUAAUGGUGCAGAUGAACAAGAAGGCGAAGAUGGUAACGUAGCAGACGAACAAGAAGGUGAAGAUGGUAAUGGCGCAGAUGAACAAGAAGGUGAAGAUGGUAAUGGCGCAGAUGAACAAGAAGGCGAAGAUGGAAAUGGCGCGGAUGAAGGCGAAGAUGGUAAUCAAACUGAUGAGAAAGAAGGCGCAGAUGGUAAUGGCGGAGAUGAACAAGAAGGCGAAGAUGGUAAUGGAGCAGACAAACAAGAAGGCAAAGAUGGUAAUGAUGCGGAUAAACAAAAAGGCGGAUAUGGUAAUCGAACAGACGAGCAAGAAGGCAAAGAUGGUAAUGGAGCAAAAAUUGAAGAAGGUGAUGAUGAAAUAAAUUUAGAUCAACAAGGAAGCAAUGAAAAUAAUUAUACAGCUCAACAGGAUGGUAACAAUUUAAAUAGCACCGAUGGGCAAGGAUCAAUUAAUAGAACUACUACAGCAUUAACCACAAAUACGCCUUUUUCGCAAACUGCCGCAGCAAGAAAAGAAACUGUACUAGAUACAGGACUUAUUGUUCUAAUCAUACCGAUAUGUUACAUCUACUGCGACGUGGUUUGGUUCUAUAGACCUCUGUAUUUUCAUAAUUUCUUCACCAACAAGACUCAAGAUGUCGUGAAUCUCCGAGACUUUAAUGUAACAAAAGGAUGCGACGAAUGCCCCAAGGUGUAUCUUCCCGUUUGUGCUGAAAAUAAUGUUACUUAUACAAAUGAAUGCUAUUUAAAAUGCGCAAAUUUGAAAAAUAUAUUGAAUAACGAUACUCAAUUUGUUACGAAAAAACUGAGAUUGGGCAGAUGCGAAGUCUUCCCGGAAUAA